AAGGAGAAUCUAAGGUGUAUCUCGAAGUGACAGUGCCCUCGAAUGUGUAUAUGGACGGGAUCGUCACGAUGACCGUUCCACCGACACUGCCGGCCAAGACUCAGCCACGGGACCCGAGUCAGGUUGCCCGACAGACUGUGUCAAUCCGGACUGUUUCCAGUCCCACCACGGUACCUCUUAGCACAGGGGCCGGAGCAACGGUAUUUGUCGGACUGGCCGCUCCUGGCGUCGAUUCCGCGGCCGCCUGUAGGAGAAGAAUCCCGGAAGUGCAAGCCGCGAACGGCUACGGCAAGCAGAGCAGCGUGAAGCCGGCUCAGAACACGCAGAACCAGCUGCAACAACAGCACAGCGGCCAACAGCAGCAGGCGGCUCAUGUGGUGAAGAUCAAGAUUAAUCCGGAUGGUGAGAAGAACGGAAGGGUGAUAUCGACAGUACGAUUGACGCUUGACGAGAACGUCGUCGGCCACGAAGCCGAACAGGAGAACGGGAUCGCGUGCGAACGUUCGAGCAAGCGUGACGGUGGUGUGGUCGUGAGUGCGACGAAUCUGGUGAACGAGCAGCGUUGUGGAAGUGGCAGUGACGGCUGUGUGAGGAUCAGUGUUGGCUCCAACUCCUUCGAACGCAACAACAACAACAAGGACAAACGUAAUCGUAACGAGGAGAACUCGGGGAAAGAUAUGGUCCACCGUGAAACAUCGGAACCGCUGAACACAACCACCUCGAGCAACAACCGUUCGAGCGCUUGCUUCUAUUACAAUUCGUACCCCAGCCAGCUGAACGGUAUGGUGAUGUCAAGUGGACAGUGUUCACCGAGUGACACUCUCGACAGUGGUACCUGCAGCGAUCUAGACGGAACACCUCCGCCUCUGCCUAAGAAGAAGAACGCCAGUACGGUUAUUCUAGCCAGUGAGCAGCAUAAUCGCACAGGCAGCUUGACGAGCAGUGGGGCGGAGGUAGAUAGCGACGAUAACGAGAGUAAUAUCAGCUGCGAUUCGCUGAACGGUCGUGAACUUAGCGAGAGAAUAUACACGCCGGUUGCCUCGUCUCCGGAAGUCGAUUCGAGUUCUUCCUCGAACGGAGCUUCUCCCAGUGUCUCUCCUUCGCCGUCCGGUAUCUCAUCUUUGUCGAAAGCUUCUUCCACGCCUAGAAUCAGAAGUCCGGACCCGAUAGCCGAGCAGAACGGCAGACUCUCCUCUCCGGUGAUAAAGGAGUGCACGUACGAGGAGAGGAAACAGGAGCAGGAGAGGUUAGAGCAAGAGUCGAUGGUCCAUUACGUGGAUAACAACGUGAACCCUGUGACUGGAAAGAAGUACGUGUACGAGUACGACAGGUUCUUCAAGUUUCACCUGAACGAACUGAAAGCGGACAAUAAGGACAGUAACAACAGGGGUGUGGUGUUAGGAGAUAAAGAGAGCGACGAAUGUUUCGCUGGUUACAAGAUCCUCGACAAGGAAGCCAUACGCAGUGCCAAGGGAACUGUACGCGGUGUUAAAAACAGAGUUCGCGCUGGGAUCGCGACGUUCCUUCAGAAACCCUCCUCUCAGGCGUACAUAAAGAAGGAAUUGGGAAAGGUGGUGGUUUACACGACGACGUCUGGGAUCGUGAGGAAGACGUUCUACAAUUGCAAGAAAGUGAAGCAAAUUCUGAGGACGCACAUAGUCAAAUACGACGAGUUGGACCUGUUCGGUGACGCUGAGCUGCAAACGGAAUUGAGAGACCGUUUGGGAACCACGUUGAUACAGCUGCCGCAGCUUUUCAUCGAUGGACAGCAUAUUGGGGGAUUUGACACCGUGGAGCGGCUCAACGAAUCCGGAGAGCUCAGAGAUAUGCUUAAGCCUUACCAGAGCGAGGACGCGUGCACGGUUUGCUUAUUCUGCGGCGGUUACCAAUGGCAGCUGUGCCCGAUUUGCAACGGCAGCAAGAGGUCCGUGCAUCGCAACGACUUCACCGCGGAAUUCGUCGCGCUGAAGUGCGCGAAAUGCGACGUGAACGGUUUGAUCCGCUGUCCACAUUGCUGAGGCUCCCGCGCGGAUCCUGUUGGUCUCGCGUGGAGGUAAAAAGGACGCGCACGUGCUCGAAACGACACCGUCGUCCCCGGUACCAAUGGCCUUACAACACAGGCACACACGCGCCUCCUCCUAUUUAAGACUAUAAGGUGCUACGAGAAGUAUAUCGCAUGUUAAACACGUUACGGAGAGGUAGACACGCUGUCGCGUCGCUGGCAAACCCAGACGGAUCUAUCGUUUCGUUUCGGGCGUGCAAGCGUUGCCUCGACUCGAAUUUUCUUUCUUUGUUUUUUUUCUUGGAUUUUUUUUUUCGUUUCAUAAGAAGAAGCAACGUCUCUUGGUGGUUUUCACGAGAGACGAAUUGUUGGGAAGCU